AUGCUUUUAGCUCUGUGUGAGAAACUUGGGCCAAUCUUAAGAAAACCUGUGAGGUCUACGGACCUUUUUGUGGAAAAAAAGAUAUUAACUGCCCUGUCAUUUUAUGGAACUGGGUCCUAUCAAAGACCAGUUGGAGACAUCAGCGCACAUAGCAUGGCCCAACAGACUGUCUCAUCAAGGAAAGAAAUAAAACAUGAGCUAGAUUUUACCAAAAGUUUAACAUACCUGGUGUUUUGGAGUGCAUUGAUUGCACACAAGUUGCAUUUAUGA